AACAAUUCUACAUUUGCUUCUGAAACUGGUUUGGGGUAUUCGGUUUGUCAAAAUCUUUCUUCUCCUCCUCUCUUCUCGUCAAUCCUCAAUCAACCCACAACUUCAAAGAGAAAAAAAACGGACUCAGAAGUUACUAAACGCGUCUUUGACUCAAUAUCAGCUAGCAAUUUCCACCAUUUCUGAUCAGUGGUGACUUGGAAUUUAGAUUGAGAUCAGAUGAUGGCGGAUGCGGGAAAUCCGUCAAGGUAUGUGAAGUUGACAAAAGAUCAAGCCCAAUUAGAGGACAUCAAGCCAGGCGAGCUAAAUCAACCCAUUGAAGUCCCUCAGUUGGAAGUUCGCAAGUGCAAUGAAUGUGGACAGCCUUUACCUGAAAGCUUUGAGCCUCCUGCAGAUGAACCAUGGACAACAGGGAUUUUUGGCUGUGCUGAAGAUACAGAAAGUUGCUGGACAGGACUUUUUUGCCCGUGUGUCUUAUUUGGGCGCAAUAUAGAGAAGUUGAGAGAAGAUACUCCCUGGACGACACCGUGUGUUUGUCAUGCUAUUUUUGUUGAGGGUGGGAUUGCACUUGCGGCUGCAACAGCAGUCUUCUAUGGCAUUGAUCCUAGGACGUCAUUUCUUUUUUGUGAAGGCUUGUUAUUUAGUUGGUGGAUGUGUGGAAUAUACACUGGCCUUGUUAGACAGGCGCUACAGAAGAAAUAUCAUCUCAAGAACUCGCCAUGUGACCCCUGCCUAGUACACUGCUGCACGCAUUGGUGUGCCCUGUGCCAGGAGCACAGGGAGAUGAAAGGCCGCCUCUCUGAUGAUGCUGCCAUGCCAAUGACCAUUGUUAAUCCUCCUCCCAUCCAAGAGAUGGCUGCUGUUAGUGAUAAUAGGGAAUCUGUAGCAUCCUCCAGAAAUGGGACUGAGCAUACUGCUUUAGAGAUGCAAGCUUUGUAGUUGCAGAACUUCACAGGAAUGUUUGUCUCGAUGCUACUCUCUCUCUCUCUCUGUGAAAUUCUAAAGAGUUAUACUUCAUACAAAACUAAAGAAGACGGUGUUCAAACAGAAUUGCAUUGAAAAUGAUUAUAGAAUACUAGAUUUGUUUUUCA